GAGGCAGCCCCUGGCGGGUGCACUCGACGUUCCGUCCCGGGAGCGUGCCCAGGACCAGCGGCUCAGACCUAGGGCAGCUGCGUAGCAGAGCGGAAGCUGGUGGCACCGGAGUGGCGGUCGGAGUCCGAGCUCCGCGGGCGGGAAGCACCCAGGAUCUGGGAAGCCCCAGGAGCAGCGCGGCGGCGCCUCCCUUACCCGAGGGGCCGCGGCGACGGUCACGGGGCGCGGCGCCACCGCGCGCGACCCAGGCCGGGAUUCCAAACAGGCAGCCCAGCCUCCUCCUCCGCCCGGGCCGCCUCACCUGCGGCCAGCGCCGCGCCGCCUCCGCCGGUGUAGAGGACACCUGCGCCACCUCGCGCGCCGGUCUCCGCCCCCGCCCCCCGGCGCCAGGCCCGGGCGGCGCACCUGGACGCGCGGGGCUGCGGGUGCCGAGGAGCGAGGACGCGGCGUCCUCGCUGCCGUCCGGGGAGGACGCAGGUGGAGCAGCGGGAGCGGCUUCGUGGAACCCCGCGCCCGCUGCCGCCGUCGUCCAGGUCGCCGCUGGCUCCCGGGGAGUGGGCCGUCCGAGCCGGGGAGGAGCCGCCGCCGGCACCAUGAACAGCAGCAGCGCCAACAUCACCUACGCCAGUCGCAAGCGGCGGAAGCCAGUGCAGAAAACCGUCAAGCCAGUCCCAGCUGAAGGAAUCAAAUCAAAUCCUUCUAAGCGGCAUAGAGACCGGCUUAAUACAGAGUUGGACCGUUUGGCGAGCCUUCUGCCUUUCCCACAAGAUGUUAUUAAUAAGCUGGACAAACUGUCCGUUCUUAGGCUCAGCGUCAGUUACCUAAGAGCCAAGAGCUUCUUUGAUGUUGCAUUAAAAUCCUCCCCAGCUGACAGAAAUGGAGUCCAGGAUAACUGUAGAACAAAAUUCAGAGAAGGCCUGACCUUGCAAGAAGGAGAAUUCUUAUUACAGGCUCUGAAUGGCUUUGUGUUGGUUGUCACUACAGAUGCUUUGGUCUUUUAUGCUUCUUCUACUAUACAAGAUUACCUAGGGUUUCAGCAGUCUGAUGUGAUACAUCAGAGUGUGUAUGAACUUAUCCAUACUGAAGACCGAGCUGAAUUUCAGCGUCAGCUACACUGGGCAUUAAACCCUUCACAGCGUAUAGACUCUGGACAAAGAAUUGAUGAAACUAAUGGCCUCCCACAGCCAGCAAUCUAUUAUAACCCAGACCAGCUUCCUCCAGAAAACUCUUCAUUUAUGGAGAGGUGCUUUAUAUGCCGACUGAGGUGUCUGCUGGAUAAUUCAUCUGGUUUUCUGGCAAUGAAUUUCCAAGGGAGGUUAAAGUAUCUUCAUGGACAAAACAAGAAAGGGAAAGAUGGAUCAAUACUUCCACCUCAGUUGGCUUUGUUUGCAAUAGCUACUCCACUUCAGCCACCAUCCAUCCUUGAAAUCCGAACCAAAAAUUUCAUCUUUAGAACCAAACACAAACUAGACUUUUCACCUAUUGGUUGUGAUGCCAAAGGCUCAAUUAUUUUAGGCUAUACUGAAGCAGAGCUGUGCAAGAGAGGAUCAGGGUACCAGUUUCUUCACGCUGCUGAUAUGCUUUAUUGCGCUGAGUACCAUCUCCGGAUGAUUAAGACUGGAGAGAGUGGCAUGACAGUGUUCAGACUUCUUACGAAAGACAAUCGAUGGGCCUGGGUCCAAUCUAAUGCACGCUUAGUUUAUAAAAACGGAAGACCAGAUUAUAUCAUUGCAACUCAGAGACCUCUAACAGAUGAAGAAGGAACAGAGCAUUUACGAAAACGAAAUAUGAAGUUGCCUUUUAUGUUUACCACUGGAGAAGCUGUGUUGUAUGAGAUAACCAGCCCUUUUCCUCCCAUGAUGGAUCCCUUACCAAUAAGAAGUAAAAAUGGUGCUAGUGGAAGAGAUUCUGCUACCACGUCAACUCUCCAUCCCAGUUCCAUCCUGGGUGCUAUGAUGCAGCAAGACGAGUCUGUUUAUCUUUAUCCUGCUUCAAGUAGUGUACCUUUUGAAAGAAAUCUUUUUAAUGAAUCUAUGAAUGACGGCAAUAAUUGGCAAGACAGUAUUGCACCGAUGGGAAAUGAUAAUAUCCUAAAACAUGAGCAAAUUGGUCAGUCUCAGGAAAUAAACCCAACACUCUCUGAAGGUCAUGCAGGGCUCUUUCAAGAUAAUAAAAAUAGUGACUUGUACAGCAUUAUGAAACACCUAGGCAUUGAUUAUGAAGAUAUCAAAUACAUGCAGCAGAAUGAGGAAUUUUUCAGAACUGACUUUUCUGGUGAGGAUGACUUGAGAGACAUUGACAUAACAGAUGAAAUCCUGACAUACGUCCAAGAUUCUUUAAAUAAGUCUACCUUGGUGUGUUCAGGUUACCAACAGCAACAACCCAUGGCUCUGAACUCAAGCUGUAUGGUACAGGAGCACUUACAGUUAGGACAGCAGCAGCAGCUACAGCACCAUCAAAAGCACUUAGCAGUGGAGCAACAGCAACAGCUGUGUCAGAAAAUAAAGCAUAUGCAAGUUAGUGGCAUGUUUGCAAAUUGGAACUCUAACCAAACCGUGCCUUUUAGUUGUCCUCAACAAGACCUGCAACAGUAUAAUGUCUUUCCAGACUUACCUGGGACCAAUCAAGAGUUUCCCUACAAAUCUGAGAUUGAUACUAUGCCUUAUACACAGAACUUUAUUCCCUGUAGUCAGUCUAUGUUACCACGUUCCGAGGGUACACAGUUAGACUUUCCCAUAGGGAAUUUUGAACCAUCCCCAUACCCUACUACUACUUCUAAUUUAGAAGAUUUUGUCACAUGUUUACAAGUUCCUGAAAACCAAAAGCAUGGACUAAAUCCACAGUCAACCAUAGGAACUCCUCAGACAUGUUAUGCUGGGGCUGUGUCAAUGUACUCAGAUGCGGUGCUCGUGCCUCAGAUGGAGUACAAUCCAACAGUGCCAGGCCCACAGGCAUUUUUAAACAAGUUUCAGAAUGGAGGAGUUUUAAAUGAAACCUAUCCAGCUGAAUUCAACAACACUCAGAAUACCACACAUCUUCAGCCCCUUCAUCAUCCAUCAGAAGCCAGACCCUUCCCUGAUCUGACAUCCGAUGGAUUCCUGUAAUUCCAAGCCCAAUUUUCACCUUGUUUUUGGUAUUAAAUUAGUUUGCAAAAGAUUACAGAGUAAUAAAACUGUCAGUGUUGGACAUCAGCAAGUUCACGUGGAGGCACUGAUGUAUGUUGCCCACAGUGUUAUUCCAAACCAAAUUUUAAUGUUUUUUGAAAAGGAGUUAAAAACAUAAUAUCAAAAGUACAUAUACUACAGUCGUUAAAAUAGGAAGUGUGCUGCCACAGAGGAGUGAGAUAGCAUCUACCUUUCACGUUCUUCUGAGCACCACACAACAUACAAAACUGAUUCAGGGGAACUUGAAAAUCAGAAAAUUUUCUUUGUGAAAAUUAUUUCUGUCAGACUAAAAAUGAGAUACUUUGAGUUGUCAACUUCUGACUUCUUAGUCCUCCAAAUACAAAGUUAUAAAAAACCAAAUUAUCUCCUUAUGUUAUUAACUUCUGCUUUUAUCUCAGAUGUUAAAAUAAAUGGUUUGGUGCUUUUAUAAAAAGGUAAUCUCAAUGCUUUCCUCCUCCAUUGUUAAUGCAAGUGCCUCACGGUUUUUUCUACCUGUAACACUGUAGGAUGUAUAUUUUAUAUAAAAUGUACUUUUUCUUUUUUAAAUUAAUAACAUUCUGCACACAAAUAUUAUUUUUAUUUCUUAAAUUCAGUCAUUUUUAUUGGUCCAGGCAUGUUUUAACUGCACUUACCCACUUUCUUCAGGUAAAGGGCAAAUAAUGAUUGAAAAGAUAAUUAUUUAUUACAUCAUCUAGUUGCCUCUGGACUUGAAAUGUUGCUCUGUGCCUUAUGUUGAAAAAAUUUGAAAGUAAACUGUCUUUCCAAAUUAUUUCUUAAUUAUUAUAUAAACGUUAAGACAACAGCACUAAAAUUUCAACAGUGUUUUCAGAAGAAAGAGAUAUACCACCAGUUACCUUUACUAAAAUCUCCACCAUGAUAGUUGAAUGUUGCAGUGUGGAAAAUCUGCUGUUAAAUGCGACCAUGUUUAUUAACUUGCAAUGAAGAGAAGCAGAUUUGUUUCUGGCUCUUUAAACAAAGCACCCAUUUCAAUGUGUAUAAAUUCUUUAAAAACUGUUUUAGAUCUAUAAUCUUUUAAGAUAUAGUAUGUUGACUUUAUAAAUUUCACUUCGUACAGUGGAAACUAUUUGUUUUUCUCAUAUUUGAGGAGUGUUAAGAUUGAAUAUAGCAAUGGUUGGUGCACAGUAUUGUUACAAGUGAAAUGAGUGGUGCAUUGUAUAGUUUAUACUGAACAAAACUACUUGCGAAAUAUUUUCAAUCUUUUGUUUAAAAAUAGUCCAUACUUUAUAUAUGCACUUAAAUAAUUUAAAUAUCAGUCCUUCUAAGAAAUCAAAUAAUGAAUCCAACUGCUUUUAAGUUGAUAUUAAGAAAAAGACAACCAUGCAGUUCUCUUGAUUCCAAACGUCAGGUUGUUUCUAUAGUAUAAUGACCUUUAUUACCAGUAAGGCAAAUAAUCACCCUACUAACUUUACUGUCCUCAGGUGACUUAAAAGUGCUACCAUCUGCCAUUCUUUCAUUCAGAUAUGAGGUCUGAAGGGCAUAGACACGUUUUGUAUGUAUUAUAUAAAAACGUGAUGAGAUCCCAAACUGAGAGGUAAUAUUAAAAUACAUUUUCCAUUUCUUUUCUUUUUUUGGUAAAUUAAUGUAUAUAAAAGUGGCUUCAGACAAAAUAUGUCAGUUCUAUGCAUUUUUAGUCAAAAUUUUGAAUCUGUAGAAUCAAUUUAAGUGUUGAAAAAACCAAAUUUGUCUAAAACAGUUCAUAAUUUGUUUCCAGCAUGAGGUACCAGUAGAGAUUUAGAUCAAUGUCUAGAAUAAUAAUCCAUUUUUACAUUUAAACCUUUCAUUAAAAGUCUUCAUAUAAACCGUUUUUGUUAGUCUCUCCUACAGGUUACUGGAUGAAUUGUUUAGUGUAAAAAUAGGCUUUUUAAAUUGUGAAUAUGAUGACAAUGAAUUAUACACGUACUAUAAAAUUAAAAAUUUUUAAAGCAAUAUUGUAUAUUUUUAUCUAUAUAAAAUAACUAAAAUUUAUCUAAGAAUAAUAAAAAUCACAUUAAACCAAAUACACCUUUGUCUAUUGCUAAGUGCCAAAGAAAGAAAGAAUGCUUUGCAUACUGCUGUAUUGAGGGGUUUAUUCUUGGUUGAUGUGCACUUCUAAGGCUAUGGAUGUGUCUAAUUUGAAUUUUUCCUGUACCAUGUGGUUCUUAGAGUACCUAAGAUUACCAGUGUUCUAAUGUAUUAUGAAGCUUUUCAUCGUUACUAUGCACAAACCUAGUGUUUUUCAGUAUUACGAAAUUUUAGGUAAAUGUUCUCAUGGCUUUUCGCUUUCCUUCAAAAUGUUACUGCUUACAUAUGCCAUGCAUACAUUUUUGUUUAAAAUAUGAUUUAUAAUAUCCUUAUUAUCAAACAAAAUUGUAUACAAAAAUAUGUAUGGUAAUAAAAUAAUCACCAAGUAUAAAUAA